GGACAGAAGUGCCCAGUGCUACUGGUGUAGAUCAUCCAAGAAGAUGGCAUUGAAGACAGAGGAAAUCAAAGUCCCAUCAAGCUGAAGCAGACAGAGACAGAAAGGGGAAGGAGCCAAAACAAAAAGAAAGCAGGAAAGAGGAAGAAAACAAUUAUGCCAAGACCGUAAGAAAUGGGUGACUGGAGUUUCUUGGGGAACAUUUUAGAGCAGGUGAACGAGCAGUCCACUGUCAUCGGGAGAGUUUGGCUCACAGUGCUCUUCAUUUUCCGCAUCCUGAUCCUGGGCACGGCCGCCGAGCUCGUGUGGGGGGACGAGCAGUCAGACUUUGUGUGCAACACCCAGCAACCUGGUUGUGAGAAUGUCUGCUACGAUGAGGCCUUCCCCAUCUCCCACAUCCGCCUCUGGGUCCUGCAGAUCAUCUUUGUGUCCACGCCUUCGCUGAUGUACUUCGGGCAUGCCGUGCACCACGUCCGCAUGGAGGAGAAGAGGAAAGAGAGGGAGGAAGCUGAGAGGCGCCAGCAAGCUGAGGUGGAUGAAGAGAAGCUGCCCCUGGCUCCAAACCAAAACAAAGGCAACAACCCUGAUGGAACCAAGAAGUUUCGCCUGGAAGGUACUCUCCUGAGAACCUACAUCUUCCACAUCAUUUUCAAAACCCUCUUUGAGGUGGGAUUCAUAGUAGGUCAGUACUUCCUGUAUGGCUUCCGAAUUCUCCCCCUUUACCGCUGCGGGCGGUGGCCCUGUCCCAAUCUUGUGGACUGUUUUGUCUCCAGGCCCACGGAGAAGACCAUCUUCAUUAUGUUCAUGCUGGUGGUGGCUUCCGUGUCCCUCUUCCUCAACCUGGUGGAGAUCAGUCAUUUGAUCUUGAAAAGGAUCCGGAGGGCUCUGAGGAGGCCGGCAGAGGAGCAGCUUGGAGAGGUCCCCGAGAAGCCCCUCCACGCCAUCGCAGUCCCCUCCAUCCCAAAGGCCAAAGGCUACAAGCUGCUGGAGGAAGAGAAGCCAGUGUCCCACUAUUUCCCUCUCACGGAAGUAGGGGUUGAGCCCAGCCCCCUUCCAUCAGCCUACAACGAGUUUGAGGAGAAGAUUGGGAUGGGACCACUGGAAGAUCUCUCCAGGGCAUUCGAUGAGAGGUUACCGUCGUACGCGCAAGCAAAGGAACCAGAAGAGGAGAAGGUACGAGCAGAGGAGGAGGAACGAGAGGAGGAGCAUCCAGGGCCUCAGGAGGAGCCAGGGGUGAAGAAAGCAGAAGAAGAGGCGGGGAGAGAUGAAGUGGAAGGGCCUUCAGCACCUGCUGAGCUUGCCGCUGAUAUGAGACCCCUGAGCAGGCUAAGUAAAGCCAGCAGCCGGGCCAGGUCAGAUGAUUUGACUGUAUGAAGGUGCAGGAUGCGGGGAGCACAUGAAAAGGAAAAGGUUGAAGAGAAAAGGAGAGAUAGAGAAAGAAUCAAAAGAUAUUUUUAAGCAAAGUGCUAAAAUGGCCACUUGAAUAUUAUUUCCUUUUAUGAUUCUCAACUGGAAAGGUACUACCAUGGUAACAGUGCCUUAUUUGCCCCAUAUGUCCCUGUAUUUCCCCAUGCCAGCUCACUCCUUACAGUAAUAUCUACACUGUACACAUAACUGAUGUAUUUUAAAGCCUAACACGGCAGUGAUACCCAAAUGUUGCCACUGUGAUCACAUUUACUGAAAGCCUUGUGUUCCACGUUUCUCUAGGAAUGUGGGGCGGAUCUGUCUUUCAGCCAGUGAGGGGAAAGACUCAUCAACAACUGUAUCUAGUCUUUCUCUUUCUAUUUCCACCUUUGGCUCACUGAGCAGAUCUCCCCUUUGCUGUUGGCAUGGAGUUGCAGUUAUUUAAUUCACAAAGUGAAUUCUAUGCUUGGCAUCAACACACUAAAAUACUAAGCCCAACUUCCCUUCUUUAUUCAGAAAAUAAAGGCAAAAAUGUUCCAAAUUUCUCUGUGAAUGCAUAUCUGAGUUAGGUAAAUAUAUUUUCCCCGGUGAAAAAUAUUUCUGCUCUGCAAGUGAUAGUGACAGUGGGCAAGGUUAACAGUAGGUCUUUACUAGGACUUAGCACAUGCCCAGAGAUGGAUUAUUUGCUCCCAAUAGGGUCAUCCAGCCCUGAGACUAGUUCAGAACACUGGAAAGAUUAAUUCAAGUGAUAUUUUUUACUUGUAGCCUUGUGACUUAAAGAUUUGAAACUAGAUUUAGCCAAGCAAGAGGGAAAAAAAAAUUUCUGAGAAAGGAGGGGACAGCUAUAGCCCCCAGAGCAUAAAACCAAAUACAAGCCUUCAGGAAUGAUCCUGACAAGUGUUCAGUUCCUGGAGCUUCCAGGCUCCCAGGCACUCAGCAAAUCUCAGGUACAGAGUCCUGAAGGCACCUGUGAACCUAAACCAGGGGUCUGGGUAACUAUGUGACUUUUUAAACUUCUAAAUACAAAACUGGUUGGUCAAGUUUGAAAAGACUGAUAUGGUCUUGACAGCCUUUGUUUUUAAUUUGACAGACAGGAGCCAUUCAGUGGGCUACUUCUCCUUGAAAUGCCAAAGUCUCAGUCAAGUAAGAAAAUGCCUUUCAAAAGAUGACUUAGACCUUUUGUGCCAACAGGUCUGUACAGAAGUCUCAGACUCAGAAAAAUCUUUUUUUACAGAAGGCAGAAAAUGAUGUGCUUGCAAAUGUUUAGAUGUCUAAUAUAGAUUUCUAAUUUUAGGACUACAGCAGCAACUCUUGGCUGGGACAGUGCAGCAAUGCGUUCAAAAGCUUCAGGUUAACAGCUCUGUCCCCCCAAAACUGAGCCCCAUGCCAAAAAAGUGCAGGUAUGCACUCUGCUCUGCAAACCUCAGACCCUGCCAUCUCAGCAAAUUCUUUCUGCUGGGCUGCAGCCCAUCCCAUUGUUCCCAGGGCAGGCUCUAAUCCAGGUCAGGGAAAAAAAGGUCUUUGGCACAAUGCAUCAAACUCAUCCCGCCAUCAGCUAGAAAAGCCCCCCUGCGGCCUCCCAUUGUGGCAGGUCUGACUCAAAGCCCAGGAGAGGCAAUGGGAGUCUGUGAGAGCCCUGGGCAGGCUUGGGCCCUGCCCCAGCCCCAGAACAGUCAGUCCUGAUCCCACCCCUUUGGUGGAGUUCCCUGCCUGGCCGGACUUCACUGCAGAGUGACGAUAAGCUGUACAUAUGUAGAAAGUUUGUAGGGUGC